CUCCGAGGAGAGCUCCGCCCACGUACGAGCGGUACGUCGGCUUCUGCUCGGUCCAGUGCGGCUUUGAUUUUUUCCCUGUUGUAUGGACUGAGGCAGGUUACUGAGCCCGAGACCCCCACACUGACAACUGAAGGAGCAGCAGCAGCAGUUCGACCUCACGUGCCCGGGUUUGAGGGAGCGCGCCGUCCCGCGAUGAUGACGCAACGCGCGCGCCCUGCCCAGACUGACGCUCCGCUGACUUGAUCAGUUUAAGUGAGCUGCGCUGCAAAAGGAAAACCAAAAAAAAACAACUUUGUGCGUGUGGCAUGGACAGAUAGGAAGUGCCGACUUGGCGAGUGUGUCCACCUAAAGUCACUUCUCCUGGACUGCUUCGUGAACAGCCGUAGCGAGCCCCGAGUGGCUUGAAAGGAUUCGUCUGCAAGCACGUCAAGCUGUCAUAGAGCGACUUGAACACAAAACUUGAGCCGCCGUGCCCGUGGCUGACAGCUAAGAACAGCAUUGCAAUGAACGCGAAACUGCAGCGGCCCGGCUAUUAACAAAGCAAAAAUUGUGCCUCCUUCAAACAUUUCAUUGCACUUCAAAGCAUUUUGGGGGAAACAUGAAUGCGUUAAAGUUCAACCACAAGAAAUGAAGCGAUACGGUGACAUUUCCUAUAAUGUGAUGUAUGGGAAGAAAAAUGAAAAAGAAAAGUUGGUUUUGACAAAAUGGGACGUGAGACGGUCACAGUGAAGAGUCACGUUCUAAAAUGAAGAGCCUGUUUGCAGUUCUUGUGCACUCAAUGACUUUCAUAACCGUGGCACGUGGUUCACUUCCAGCUCCGGCUAAUGUGUAUUUUGACUCUCACAACUUUGAACAUGUCCUGAGAUGGCAUCCUGGCACAGGCACUCCAGCAGGAACCCAGUACAGAGUUCAGUAUCGAAGGGAAGGUAACAACUGGUCUUUGGUGGGAGACUGUCUGAACGUCACCUAUGUGCCAGAAUGUAAUCUGACUGGAAGACUUGAGAACAUGGAGUAUUAUAAAGCUCGUGUUCAAGCAUUUAACGAAACACACCAAUCCAACUGGAAGCAUUCAGUCGCCUUUCAGCCUGUAUCGGAGACAAUCUUGGGGCCACCUUCUGUAACUCUGUCAGGAUGUGGAAAUUGUCUUCUCCUAAAUAUGUCCUCUCCGAGAGGGAGUGGAGUGAAUUCUCUUCAAGACACUUACUACAACAUCGACUACAACGUACAUUUGAGGAAAAGUGGAGAAGAAAAGUGCUAA